GGUAAUCGAAGUGAAUUGUAUGCGCGCCUGAAGAAGCAUUUCCGAAAAGAAUUUACAAUCAUAAAAAAUGGUGAUACGAGACGAUACAAAACUGAAAUGUAUUAUGACUACUUUGUGGUAAUGGAUUUUGAAUGCACAUGCGAAGCGGAACUCUAUGAUUAUGAGCAUGAAAUUAUCGAAUUUCCGGCUAUACUUGUCGAUGUACACAGAAGAGAGAUCCUUAUCAUCGCAAUCAUAAUUCAGGUUGAUAUAUUCCAUUCCUAUGUGCGGCCAACAUUGCAUCCGCAGCUAAGCGAAUUCUGCAUCAAUCUCACUGGUGUUACGCAGGAGAUGGUCGACAAAGCAAUGCCGUUCAUCGAUGUGCUGGAUUCGUUUCGAGCCUGGAUGCAAUCUCAUCAUCUAGGCCAGAAAGGCGUCCACUAUGCCUUCAUUACUGAUGGGUCUGUUGAUUUUUUUGAUCCCUGA